UAAAAAAGCAUAUUUUUUGCAUAUUUUAUUAUGAUUUUCAUAGAAUAUCGGAAGAAUAUUUUCAACUUUUUAAGAGAAUAUCAGCAUCUUUGGGUAUUUUAAAAGAAUAUAAUUAAGGCUCUUAUUGAUAUGUAUUAUGGUUCCACGAUUUUUUGCUAAAAAAUUACUAAUAUUAUUAGAUGUGAGUACAAUUGUACGUUCAUGUUUGAGUAAGCCCAAGGUAUAGGUAUAGGUGAGUAUAACCCAAAUAUUAAUAUAAAAACUAUGAGUUACAACGUGUAAUAAAUUUCUUUUUUUCAAAUACAAUAGAAUAUAUAAAUUUGGAACGACACUGAAUAAUAUGCUUGGUAUACUGAUUAUACUUAUUAUGUGACUGCAAUCAUAUUGGUCACAUGGAAGUAAGGGUAUUAAGACUUUAUUCAUAAAGAAUAAGAUAAACAUUCUCAAAACUGUGUAAAUAUCUGUAAUACAAUACAAUCAUUUUAUAUUAAUUUUGAUUGAAAUAACUAAACAUUUAAAUUAUAAUUAUUAUAUAUAAUUAUAAACUGUCUAAAUCCCAUAUUUUAUUCAACAAAAUAAUUUUAUAAACACAAUUAUUUAUCAAUAAUAAGCUACAUGAUAAGCUACAUCGAUCAUUGUGGUUUACAAUAUGUACAAAUUAUUUAAUAUAAAUUAUUUUUUGAAUGGGUAAUGUUGCUGAAGAAUGUAAUAGGAAUAGGAUUGAAACUCAUAUUUUUUUCCAUUAAACCACAUUAUAAUAUAUUAUGUUUCUGUUAGUCUUAAAUCUGUUAUUCUACAAUAUAACACAAUAAUAUAUAAUAUAUAAUGUAUGGGCAUUAAUGUUAAAUACGAUUGUGAGCAAGUCAGUUGUUAAUAAAUUGAAGUGGAUACAAAAAUCAUUAUUAUAACAUGGCCUAAAAUUACAAACAUAUUAUCGUAACAUGGACACCAAUUAGUUCUCAAAAUAAUACUCAUUUAGUUAUGCAUGUACAAUUUAUAAAAACCGGCGUAUGACAACAGAAUAGCGAGAAGAUAAAGAGAAGUACAUCAAACAUUUUUUUGAACUGUAUUGUGGCUUUAAGUAAUUUAUUUAUAAACGUAACUAAGUUAUGUAAACUAAUAUUUAUUAUUUGGUAAAUAAUUAUUUUUUAUAUGGAUCAUUAUUGAAAUAUAAAUAUGAAAAACAAACUUUUUUUUGUAAUAAUGUUAACCAUGCCUUCUUUGUUCAACUCAAUGUAUCAAAUAUUAACCUAUGAUCAUUUAUCAAAUUUAAGAUCAUCAACUUCGUCUAUAAAAAACAAUUCAUCACAAAACCAUGAAAACGGAACAAAACAUGAAGGUAGUACUAUUAAGAACAAUGAUACUCAAACAGACAAUAUAAAUAAGUUCCUAGAUGCAAUAAAACAAAAAAUUAAAAACAUUACAAAAAUCAACAACAAACUAAGUACUAAUUCACCAACUGAAACAUCCAAAGUAGUAAAAUUAAAUCAUCAAGGUGAGAUUUGUGCAUACUGUCAUUCUAAUUAUUGCAACCUCAAGGAAGAAAACGCCAAACACUGGUGCUUUACAUAUUGCAAAAAUUGUCAAUAUUGUUAAAUUUCCCAUAAACUUUAUAGUUAGGUAUGAUUUACUAUUGAUUUUUUUUUUGUUUGUUUUUCAUUUAAAGAAUAAGAAAAUAUAUUAAAAGGG